GCGCGCCCGCCCGACUCUUAUUCCCUACUUCGUAUUAAGGCGAUGAGUGCGCAUGCGUCAAUUGAUUUCCUUCUCCCUCGCGCUUUGAGAAGGGGGAAGAAAGUUUUUCGUUUCACCGUCUGGAAAAAGUGAAAGGGGCGGGCGGAAAAAUGGCUGCGGCUGGCUUGAGGUCGUCGUUACUCCGCGAAUGCCCGCUUCUUUUGCCUCAGAACCGGGAAGGGAGUGUCUACGAGGGCUUCCUCACCGCCCAGGGCAGAGACUUUCACAUAAGGAUACUGUUACCAUUGGAUCGUGAACUGAAAAAUGCUAAGAUCCAAUGUAGCUGGCAUUUGAAGCAGUUGCUCAAUGGAUAUCAACACAUUCUAAAGCAGAGAUUGCAGCAUUCCUUGGAUCUUGUCAGCUUCAUGGUGGAGUUGAAGACUGUUUUGGAAUUGGCUUUGAAGAAUACUCGGGGACUGCACACAACACCACCUCCACAGUAUUAUUCUGCCCUCAUUGGAGACAUAGAAACAUUAGGAUGGGAUAAAGUCAUGUUUGUGGAUCCUGGUUUUAAUACCUUAAAGUUAAAAGCAGAAGAUUCAUGUGGUCGGGAUCAUCUCAUCACUUUGAAAUUAAAUCCAAAGUACCCCACAGAACCACCAGAUUGUAUUGUGGAUUUACCAGUUCAAUUCUGUGUCUCCUGGAUUCCACAGAGCUCCUUAUUAAGCAUUCACAGUCAGUUCUUGGCAGCGUUAGAAUCGCUAAAGGAGUUUUGGAAUGCUCUAGAUGAAAUUGAUGAGAAGACCUGGGUGCUCGAGCCAGAGAAGCCCACACGGAGCGCCACAACGCGAAGGAUUGCGAUCGGAAAUAAUGUUUCAAUUAAUAUUGAGGUAGAUCCCAGACAUCCAACCAUGAUUCCUGAGUGCUAUUUUCUUGGAGCAGACCAUGUGGUAAAUCCCUUGAAAAUCAAGCUGAACAGCAACAUACACUUAUGGGAUCCAGAAGUCAGUUUAUUACAAAAUUUGAAAGAGAUUUUAGAAAUUGAAUUUCCAUCUCGAGAAGCUCUAGAAAAAUCUGAAUUUUCCAUGGACUGUGGGAUCUGCUAUGCUUAUCGUCUUGAUGGAGCUAUUCCAGACCAAAUCUGCAAUGAUUCCCGCUGUGGCCAGUCUUUCCAUCAAGCUUGUUUAUAUGAGUGGCUGCGUGGGCUCCCGUCUAGUCGGCAAAGUUUUAAUGUCAUAUUUGGUGAAUGUCCCUAUUGCAACAAGCAAAUCACACUGAAAAUGUCUACAAAGAAAAUCUGAAAUGAGAUUUCAACAAAAUCCAUUGCUUAAGAAAUAAACCUAUAUCAGAG